AUGGCUACGUGAACUGUCAAAAUUGUUUAUGUGCCGUCACUUGUCAAACUAGUUUGAGGUUAUUUUCAUGUUUUGUUCUCAGAGUUUCGACUUUCCGGCUAGUGAUCGAUCAAACUUUUAUAGAAUUCAGACGUGGCUGUAGUAGAGAAACCAUAAAAUGGAAAACGAAGAUAUUCCUCAGAUAAUAACUCACAUAGAAAGUAACUUGAAUCAUUCGAUUUUCGACUGUAAAUGGAUUCCGUGCUCGGCCAAGUUUGCGGUUAUUGGCUGUAUGCCGAACGGUACUGGCACUAUAGAAAUAUUCGAGAUUACAUCUGGAGAGGCUCGGAAGAUCAAGACCAUUGAAAGACCUCAGUCAUUUAAAUGUGGAACAUUUGGGGCGAGCAGUGAUGUGGAACGAAAACUCGCGACCGGUGACUUCAAAGGGACGAUGGAAAUAUGGGAUCUAGAAUCCAGUAGUAGAGUGUUUAUAACAAAAGAGCACACAGAUAUAAUAAACUCAAUAGACGGGAUGGGCGGGAAUGUGUCCAACUGCGGUGCACCGGAGAUUGUUACUGGCAGCCGGGACGGUACAGUGAAAGUGUGGGAUCCCCGUCAGCGGGGCAAGCCGGUAGCCAACAUGCAGCCGGCCCAAGGAGAAGCCAGAAGGGACUGCUGGUCCGUCGCCUUCGGGAACUCAUUCAAUGAUGCAGAGAGGAUUGUUGUGGCCGGCUACGAUAAUGGGGACCUUAAGAUGUUUGACUUGAGGACUAUGUCGCUACGGUGGGAAUGUAAUUUGAAAAAUGGGGUGUGCUCAACGGAGUUCGACCGUAAAGAUAUCCCGAUGAACAAGUUAGUGGCAACUACGUUAGAAGGAAAGUUCCAUGUUUUCGACGUGAGAACUCAAAAUCCCGCCAAAGGAUUUGCUCAGGUGCUGGAUAACGCCACAAAAACCGGCACAGUGUGGGUGGCGCGGCACCUGCCACAGAACAGAGAUGUGUUUGUGACGUGCGCUGGCAACGGACAGGUCACGCUGUGGAAAUACGAGUACCCUGAGCAGCGUUUCCGCACAGACGACAAAGGGGUGGCUUGCGGGGUGGCGGGGAAACUCCGACGUUUGCAGCGAAUGGUCGUCAGCUGUCAGCCAAUCAACUCCUGGGAUUGGAACCGGGAUCACACGGGAUUGGCUGUUGCAACGGCCUACGACCAAUGCGUUCGCGUGAUGGUCACUACGAAAUUUAACCUGCAUUGAGUGUGAUUGGUGAGUUUAAUGGCAAAUGAAAGUGGUAAUGUUAUGUUGAAUUGUGAUCUUUAGUUUUAUUCUGUUCGAUUAAUAAAUUAUAUUCAGUAAGUA